AGAAAGAUUAUCGAAACAAACACUGCCUGUUUUUUGUAACAGCAGCAAGUGAUUCUGCUCCUGGAUUUUCCCCUUUGGACUCGGGACUCUUUAUUUUCUUUAAAUCUUUCUUUAUUUUUUUUUCUCUAUUACCCGAAAAGCUGCAAACUUUAUCAAAAAGGAUCCGAACCAGCUUCUAUGUUUCACUUAUUUCUCUUUCUAUCACUAUCAGAAUUCAGAAAUCAACAUUUCCAUUGCUUUUCCUCGUUAAAAGAUCAUUUCUUUGAUACUUACAUCGCAAAAGAUUGUUGCGUUGACAACUUCUUUCAGUGUUUUUGUUGUGGUAGCUUAAGCUACACAUGGCUUGCAUGAAGCUGGGAUCAAAAUCAGAAGUGUUUCAUCUUGAUGGCCAUACCUGGCUUUGCUCAACUGGGCUUCAAAGUGAUGUCAUAAUUGAAAUUGGGGAGACGUCCUUCCAUCUCCACAAGUUUCCAUUGCUCUCUAGAAGUGAAGCGCUAGCAUAUCUUAUAGGAGAUCAUUCUAGCGAGAAUGAAAAAAAGUGUGUUCUACAACUUCAUGAUGUACCUGGUGGAGCAAAAACCUUCUUGCUCAUUGCCAAAUUCUGUUAUGGUGUAAAAAUGGAACUCACUACAUCGAAUGUAGUCAGUCUCAGAUGUGCUGCUGAGUAUUUUGGGAUGAGCGAAGAUUAUGGGGAGGAAAACCUCAUCGCACAAACAGAAAAUUUUCUCAAUGAAGUAUUUGGCGGCUGGACAGACUCCCUUAAAGCUCUUGAAACCUGUGAAAAAGUUCGAGCACAAGCUGAAGAGCUUCAUAUUGUUUCGAGAUGCAUAAAUUCCCUGGCGAUGAAAGCUUCUGCAGAUCCAAGCUUGUUCAGUUGGCCCAUGCAAGGAGGCAGCGAGAUGAGGGACCCAUGUGGCACUGUAUUCUGGAAUGGAAUACGUACUUCAGCCACGCCGCAUCCUGUGGGUGAGGAUUGGUGGUAUGAGGAUGUUUCCUUGCUUAGACUACCUCUGUACAAAAGGCUAAUUCUGGCAGUUCGUUCAAAUGAUAUGAAGCCUAAGAGGGUUGCUGGGGCACUAAUGUACUAUGCAAAGAGGCAUCUGCCUUUGCUGGGCAGGGAAUCAAGCAUCGAAAGUGGAAACUUUGCUGCGCCUAGAUCAACAAUUUCUGGUACUUCUGAAGCAGAUCAAAGGAAUCUUCUUGAAGAACUAGUGGGAUUGUUACCUGAUCAAAGGGGUGCUACUCCAAGCAAUUUCCUGCUUAGACUUUUGCGAACUGCCACAAUGAUACAUGCCAGUCCAUCAUGCCGAGGGAACUUGGAGAAACGGGUUGGAGCCCAGUUGGACCAAGCGUCUCUUCAAGAUCUUCUGAUACCAAAUACAGGCUACUCAGUGGAAACCCUUUAUGAUAUUGACUGUGUUCAGCGAAUUCUCGAUCAUUUCAUGCUGGUGGAUCAUGAUAAUCCUACAUCAAAUUACAUAGUAGAUGAGGAGCAAAUGAUGGAAGGUUCUCAUUUCCUCACUCCAAAAACAACAGUGGCAAAUCUGAUCGAUAGUUAUCUAGCAGAGGUGGCACCUGAUGUUAAUCUGAAGUUAGCAAAGUUUCAUUCCCUUGCUGCUGCUGUCCCUGAAUACGCCAGGUCAUUAGAUGAUGGAAUUUACCGAGCAAUAGACAUAUAUCUAAAGGCGCAUCCAUGGCUAACGGAUUCUGAACGGGAACAACUUUGCAGGCUCAUGAACUGUAAGAAGUUUUCAUUGGAAGCCAGCACUCACGCAACCCAGAAUGAGAGGCUACCUCUUAGAGUCAUUGUCCAAGUUGUAUUCUUUGAACAACUACGGCUUCGCACCUCUGUUUCUGGCUUGUUUUAUGUCUCUGAAAACCUUGAUAAUUCACAACAUCCAAGUGGGAAUCUUGCUCUUGCCAGAAAUGAUUUGCACGCUGAAGCAGGAGCCACACAUGGCCGCAUUGCGGUUGAUGACAUGAAAAAGCGAGUUUCUGAGCUCGAGAUAGAGUGCUUGAGCAUGAAACAAAAGAUUGAGAAGAUGGGGAAAACAAAGUUGGGGAGUUGGAACAACUUGUUCAGAAAGUUUGCUUUUAGCCAAUCAAAGUCAAAACCUGGGGAUCCUAAAGCAUCAAAACCAACCGAUACCAAAGAAUCAUCAACAUCCUCAGCACCACUCGUGAAUGGAGGAGAACAUCACAAUAACGAAUCAGUAGAAUGAACCUUUUGAUCUCCCAAGGAAAAGAAAAGGAAAAAGAAAAAACAUUUCCUUUCUUGAGUUUAGCGUAAGCUAUCUAGUUAGAGGCUGGUUAAGCUUAUCACGUGAUUGUCUGUGUUUACGAAUUAGCUAGUCAGGAC